ACCCUUAUGUCAAACUUCUACUAGAUGCUAUGAAACACUCAGGCUGUACUGUUAACAAAGGGAGACACUUUUCUUGCGAAGACUGUGAUGGAAACGUCAGCGGAGGGUUUGACGCUUCAACGUCUCAGAAUACCACAGUGGCCUUCAUCUCGUUUAUCUGAACCCGGCUUUGACCGUCUCCCACUUAUCCUUCUGGCUGUAGAUGUAAGGAUAAACACAAAAGCACACCCGUGUUUCGGCACUCCCUUCAGAGCUUCUCACUGCUGCCAGAAUGCAGGCAAGAUUGUUUUGUGCCAGAAUAACAUCCGCAAUCAGGCUCACAUGAGCAGAGUCGUCACCCACGAGCUCAUCCACGCGUUCGAUCAUUGUCGGGCUCAUGUCCACUGGUUUACUGAUAUCAGACAUUUGGCGUGCUCGGAGAUCCGAGCUGCAAGCCUCAGUGGAGACUGCUCACUUGUGAAUGAAAUCUUCAGGUUGCAUUUUGGAUUAAAGCAACACCAUCAGACUUGUGUGCGGGACAGAGCUGUUCUUUCCAUCUUGGCUGUUCGGAACAUCAGCAGAGAAGAGGCCCAGAAGGCCGUGGAUGACGUUUUUGAGUCUUGUUUCAAUGACCGUGAGCCUUUUGGCAGGAUCCCACAUACUAAGAUGUAUGCCCAGUAUGCUCACCGGGACUUCCAGAACCGUCAGCGCUAUUACUCCAAUAUAUGAAGAUGGUGGUCUUUCGUUUCCCUGAGGGGAAGGUGGUUCUUAUGCACAAAUGUAUACAAUGUAAAUGAUCCAUUAGGUACUGUGAUGUAGUGCAGGGGGUGAAAUGUUCUCAGACACAGAAUGUUUACAAUGUAAAUCUUUUCAGACACAGAAUGUAUACAGUGUAAAUGUUCUCAGCACAGAAUGUCUACAGUGUAAAUGUUCUCUGCACAAUAUAUACAAUGUUAAUGUUCUCGGGCACCAAGUGUAUACAAUGUAAAUGAUUGGUUAGGCACAGUGGAUCCAGCUUGUAUACAAUGUAAUUUAUGGGCUAGAUACCGUGGAUCCAGAAUGUAUACAAUGCAAAUGAUUGGUUAGGCAUGGGAUCCAGAAUGUAGACAAUGUAAAAAGUGCAGAAGGUGCUGGCUGGUUUUAGCAUUUGACUACAAAAAAUAAAUAAGGCAAAAAAGGAACUCCUUGAACUGCAAGGCAAAAAUUGGAUCUUUAUAGCUGAUCAUUUUAGUAAAUAAGGUAAAUGAAUGACAUUUUUGUAUUUUCCAUAGUAUACUUAUUUUUUUAAUGCUUUCGUUUUCUAAUUUGUAAUUUUAUUAUAUGAGAUUAUUUUAAAUUUGAUGAUGAAAUCUGUGAAGCAUGCACCUGUGUGAUGGUGGCGGGAGAGUAAAGUCAGUGUUUACAAACAAUGACAUGAUCACAUUAUAGGACAUUUGUCAUGAUUAAAAUGCAAAGAAUGAAAGUUGGAAAUAAUUCACUCAA